GGAUUUUCCGAAGCGCCUGUGGUGGGAGUGGACGGGGACAGAGCGGCGGCGGCCUGGACGCGGGUGAUCGGACCGGGGCGCACUGAGAGGAAUCCCGAUUUAGCGCAUGAUCGUCGUCACAAAGAUGAGCCCUGCGCAAUGCUUCAGCUUGGGAGGCUCGCAUUUUUCCCUGCACACUCAGCUCCGGCAGUCGCCAGCCUGGGCAGAACAGGGUCCCCCUCCGCACAAACUCUCCCUCUUCGACUUCUUCCUUCUUCCCACCAUCCACGACCCCUGAUUCCUCUUCUACCGUCCCCCCUUCCGCGAGCAUGGCUUUCAUGCUAGCCCAUAAUAUGUCCCGCGACCAGCUCUUAAACCACGAGGAGGAGCUGGCCCCCGUCCCCGAUGGCACCCGCUCAGCCCCCUCCGCCUCUGACCAUACAGACGGCAUGUACCAGGACCGCAAGGAAAAGGAGCGCCACCCACGUCUCGAGAUUGUUCUCGACCAGGACUGCCUAUACCUCCGCGGCACCGGCGUCGACGUCGAGCCCGCCCGCCUCUCAGGUCACCUCGUCCUCUACCUCACCGAGUCCACAUCUGUGCGCGAGAUCACUCUCCACUUUCGCGGCAAGGCCCGCCUACCCAUACCCUCCCAUGAGUCGAUCGGUCUGCAGAGCUCGUCGCUCACCUACAUCAUCUGCAAUCACGACUGGUCCUUCCUCGAGGGCGAGAAGAAGCACUCGCACACCCUCAAAGCCGGGCGCCAUGUAUUCCCCUUUCAACUGCAGAUAGGCGGUUCACUGCCAUCCACUAUCUUCACCCCCGUUCUUGGCGGCGCCUCCGUCAUCUACAAGCUACGAGCACACGUCGUCCGCUCGGGCUUCCACAACAACCUCCAGGCCAUCUGCCCGGUCAUCAUCCUUCGUUCCUUCGCUCCAGAGGCGCUCGAGUAUCAACAGACGCUCGAGAUCGAGAACACAUGGCCGGGCAAGAUCAUGUACUCCAUCCUCGUCCCCCACAAGGCCUGGGCGGCGGGCGACAACUUGACAGCCCUCGUCAAGUUCUCGCCACUAACGAAGGGCACGUCCGUGGUCAGCAUCACGACGUCCAUCCACGAGACGACCAAAAUAUACGCUCGCAGUGGCUUCCAGGAGCACAAUCGUGUUGUCGCCACAAUGAAGCACGACAUCAUCGGCGGCAAGGCCGUCGCCUGCGUUGACAAUGAUACGCGGAGCAAGCAGACCUCAGGGCGAUCGACGCCACACAUCGCCCCCACACCACCUAUGGCAUCGCCGGCCGUCUCGACUGCGAACCACACUAAUGCUGGCGGAGGAUACUUUUCAUUCUCUCACGGGUCGACGCCACCGCCGCCGCCACCUCCUCCAGAGCAGCCGGUGGCCUCAUCAUCCACCGCCCCGCCGCCCAUACACAACCCAUGUGACGAUGAGCCCUCCGCCGACGUCGUCACCCACCUCGUCCUGCCCAUCCCGCGCAACCUCACACCGAGCCACGCUCUCGAGCCCAUCAUCGUUAUGCACCGCAUACGAUGGAGCAUCCUCAUCCACAACGCCGACGGCCACACCUCCGAGCUGCGCUGCUCGCUGCCCCUCCACAUCCUCGCCGGCCGUCUGCUCGAGGAGGCGCGCUCGCAUACCGCCGCAACCCGCCGCCUGCUCAUCGGCGGGCCGGAGGUGCCGCCGGAGGAGGACGAGGAGGCAGAGCUCCCAAGCUAUAACGCUCACGUGCGGGACCGCGUUGCGAACAUGUACCUUCCAGAGGGUGCGACGAUGCGCGUGACCAACCCGUGGGUCACGACGGGCGUGUCGCCUGUGGUGCAGGCGGAUGGCAUGCCGGUGCCGGCGUGGCCGAUGAGCCCGUCGGGGGCAAGUACGCCGCUGGAGGCGCACGUCUUAUCGCACCUGCCACACCAGCCGGGCUCUGGCGCGAGCACGCCGCUCGAUUGGGUCAAUUCAGAGCUGCUGCUAUCUCUGGAGCGCGACCCGCCUCCGCUCAGUCAGGCCAGCCUAGCGCGGACCGUCACGACGCCCGGCACGCCACCAGAUGCUGGCGGCAGCGCCGAGGCGUCCGCUGCUCCCAGCCGUGGCCCGAGCCGCCCCUCGAGCCGUCCAUCAAGUCGUGCCCAAUCCCGUGCCCCCAGCCGCCUCGGCAGCCGCUUCCCCUCGCGACACUCCUCUCCCGAGCGCGAGCCGCGCAAGAGCACUGCGCACGAGACGUACGUGCACGAAGGCCAGGCCUCGCGCGCCUCAGACGGCAUCUUCCAUGCCACCAUGAAGCCCUUCACCUCCCUCCCGCACCCGCAGUGGCUCUCUUCCCGCUCGUCCUCAUCACACAACGUGCCCACGCUCGCCGAGCUCGAGGGCACGGCCGGCAGCGCGAACGGCAGCGCGGGCAACUCGCCCGGCGCGCGCGCGUAUAACGUGCCGCUCUUCCAGGACCCGAACUCGGGCUCCGCGCUCCUGCACCGCGCGUUCACGGAGGUGCCGGCGUACGAGGUGGCGAGCCGCGGGUUCAUUGGCGGCGUGCCGCCGCUGACGAGCAUGCGCGGGCUGCCGAGCUACGACGAUGCGCAGCGGACGCGGUCGUCGAGCGAUGCGUCGCAGCGGUUUGCGGGCGACUCGCAGCAGCGGUCGAUCAGUGAGGGUGAUUUGGCCGGACGGUUCCGUCAAGCGAUGGGACUCUCGUACAUGUCACCUCCGCCACAACUGCGGCCCGCGGGCGCGUCGACGACUGCGCUGAACGCUACUGCGCCAGCCUCGCCGGCAGCCCGCACAUGAUGAUGCUUCUUGUAGGUUUGCUCGCGACCUCACCUCGUCUUCGUCAUCCUUCCUCCUAAUUCAACUGCAUCCUCGUUUCCUUCGUUUCUCUCUAUAUACGUGCGCUCACCAUGAACAUACCUCCAAGCGCCCCAUGCCACCCCCCUCCCUCAUCCACUGAACGAAGAACAAACAUAAUUUUCGUUGUUACUGUCAUUUCACGACCUUCC